AGACCCCGCCCCCUAGAAGGCAGAGCCGCUAGAGUGAAUUUUGGCGCCAGUCCUCCCCUAGUAUCGCUGCUGUGGCUAGCAGGUUACCGGCACGCUGAGUUCCUGCAGGGUGAAUAUGAUCGGACAGAAAACCAUCAGCUCGUUUUUUACACCGGUCUCCAGAAAGAGACCGAGCCCGGCCUCUCUCCACACAUGUGCCGGAGCGGAGGAGUACAGCGGAGAGACUACUCCUGUGAAAAAGAGCAGGCCUCCAGAGGCGGGGGGUGACAGCCGCAGCCUGGUAUCUCCUCCACUGAGCCCCGAACAACUUGAUCGUAUACAGAGGAACAAAGCAGCAGCGCUACAGAAACUUGCAGCCCGUUAUGCCCCAGAUGGGGUCGGGGAGAGCUGGAGGCAGGAGCUGCUGGCAGAGUUCACCAAGCCCUACUUCCUGAAGCUGGCUAGUUUUGUCUCAGAAGAACGAAAACGAUACACUGUGUACCCUCCUCCAGAUCAGGUGUUUGCUUGGACACAGAUGUGCAACAUUAGAGAUGUUAAGGUUGUCAUUUUGGGACAAGAUCCUUACCAUGGACCCAAUCAAGCCCAUGGACUGUGCUUCAGUGUUAAGCAACCUGUACCACCUCCACCCAGUCUUGAAAACAUGUACAAGGAGCUGCAAACUGAUAUUGAGGAUUUUGUACACCCAGGACAUGGAGACCUAACUGGUUGGGCCAAACAAGGGGUUCUCCUAUUAAAUGCGGUGCUAACUGUCCGUGCACAUAAUGCCAAUUCGCACAAGGACCGAGGCUGGGAGCAGUUUACGGACUCUGUGGUGUUCUGGCUAAACAAGAACCUGGAUGGCUUGGUCUUCAUGCUGUGGGGAGCCUAUGCUCAGAAGAAGGGCAUCGGUAUUGACAGAAAACGUCAUCGUGUUCUGCAAACUGUCCAUCCUUCCCCUCUCUCUGCACACAGAGGAUUUUUUGGUUGUCAUCAUUUCUCUAAAACAAACUCCUUUCUACAAGACUUGGGGAAAGAACCUAUUGACUGGAAAGCCUUGUGAUCAGUGGGAGCAAUAAUACUCCGGUUUUACAAGAUGGAUCACACAAGAAAGUGUUCUAAACUUCGUUAGAGUAUACAGUUAUUUGGUAAUCUGCGGCAGUGACGGUUCUGGUAUAUGGUCUGAAUGCAUUACCACUAACCCUUCGUUGUGUGUUCCGAUGAGUUUUCAGACUAAACUUGAGUGUUUCACUUUAGCAGCAGUUAAUGAGAAUUAGUUAACUUUACAAAAUAGGUUCUGCCUUCAGUUGGAAAGCAUAAUAGGGACCGAUCAAUGAGCAAGAGAGUACAUAUUACGGAGAUGCAUGUUUCUGGACAAGUGUUUCAUUGUUCGGCAUGGGAAUUACCUUCCAGUUGCUUAAAGCACUUUCCAGUAUAGAUCAGUCGUGCACAUACAAUCAAAAUAUUUUUCUUAAAUGAUCGGUUCUCUAGAAGUGUAGCCUGUAUUCUUAGGCAUAACUUUAAUUUGUAGUUCUUCAUAAUGCACAUAUGUAUAAUAUACAUAAAGUUUGUACAUAUUGUAAACAUGGGAAGUGAAGGUGUAGUGUGUGUAUAAGCUUAUAAUGUAUUCUCCAGUUUUUGGAAUAAAUUUGUAUUUUAUUUAUGGAAAA